CGUUCUUCUACGGUGGAUCCUUGAGCCCUGUUGAUCUCCAGUGGCUUUGUCUACCGCCGGCAGUCGAUCAUCUAACUUCCCGCACCAAAGAACACGGAUCUCUAUUGCUCCUAGCGGCCAGCCAUUCCCCCAGACGCCGUCUAGUGCAAGCCAUUUUGUCCUGGUGGAGUCAAGUCUCCCAUCCUUUCCAGCUUGGAAUUGACGACAUCCCAUCCUUCAGCCUCUUAAAGGCUGCUAUGCCGGUCGGUUAUUCAUAGUGGCUAGUCUCCGCCUUUUAAGUCGUUGCAGAGGCCUCUCAGUGUGCCAACUCCCUCCUACAAUUGUUGCCGUUAGACUGCCAGCCGCGGUGGGCUGCCACUUCUCUUCAGUGCACGGACAUGGAAGCUCACCAGAGUUCCGAUCCGGACGUUGAAGGUCAGAAAAACGGCACCGACAAGAGCAAUACACGAAAUCAAGCCAACGUCAGUGCCAAGCUAAGAAAAAGAACGAAAACUGGUUGCUUGACCUGUCGUAAGCGAAGGAUCAAAUGCGGAGAAGAACGGCCCAUCUGCAGUAACUGUAUCAAGUCGAAACGCCAGUGUGAAGGAUACAACCCUCGUGUUGUCUGGAAACCACCCAUAGGGGACUGGCCUGGGCAUGCAAGCGUCACUGGAACAUUGCCAUAUCAUUCUGGUGUGAUUCCUGGAGCUAGACCACCUGAUUUCGAACAAUAUCGUCCUCCGGGCGGUCCGAAUGUAAUCGCCCCUCACCCUCCUAUCCAACCACGACCUAUAACCACGCAAUUCGAUUUUGCAAACAUUGAUACUGGCCAAAUCCCGGUUCUCGCCCACGAUCAACUUUCUCCGCAGACACCUCAUCACUUCCAGCAGCAACACCUCGUCACACCUGAUCAUGUCCUCCAAUCACGCCAGCCAGUUGGCGGCCCAUAUCACCAACAUUCUACAGAAUAUCCACUACAACAAUCGCCCCAGUUUCAGUCGCCGACGUAUCAAUAUCAUAAUAACACCCAACCACAUACAACGUUCAAUGUGCCUGGGUACUAUCCCACGUCAUCAGCGGACUACAGCCAGAGCAUGCAACCGCACAUCUCUGGUCCUUCUGCGUCUCCCUACCCUGAUAAUCCACAGAGUAAUUUUCACCACACGAUGCAACCUCACGUACAAUCACAAGGAAAUUAUGCAUACAGUCAGCAGUCAAUUUAUCACCACCAUCCUUCUAUCUCGUCUGAGGCUAGCGUACAGUUCUCCGGACCCCCAACCAUGGGCAACGGAGCAAGCUAUACUCAAGUAGGUAAUAAUUACUAUUCAGCGGUACAAGAAAUACCAGACAAUAUGAUGGACGGAUUCAACGCAUAUCACAGUCAUGACGACCGGAAUAGCCUAGAAGAGCAGGAUAUCAAGCUAUCCACAGAACAAGUUUUCGAACCACAGCCUACACGUACUCAGGUUGAUACCAAGGCUUUAGAGGCCCAGCUUGUCACCUACGAAGAGGAGAGGGAGACCUUGACGCCAACGGAGAUACUUAACAGAGCAGCCAUUGAGUAUCAUGACGACGAAUAUUACGACGUCGACUCUGACGAGGAUGUCGACCUGCCAACGGAUCAGGCCCCUAUGAGCAGCCCGAAGUAUCAGCGCGACUUUACUUUGAUCAUGCGCCUGUACAGCAGUCAUACGAGUGACUUGGCAAUACGGCGGAUGGAUGCAUUCAUCUAUGAGGGCAUUCUGGACCAUUACCAUGCCGAAUGGGUGGCUAAUCCGCUGAAGAAUGAGCACACUGCUCGGGUGUUUGCUCAUUUCAUUCAUUCAUCUGCCCCGAUGCUGUCGAUCCAUGAACGCAAUCCUCUCAACACGCAGUCAAUGUUUUCGAAAACGCCUGUUCCUGCCUCACAACAGAGUCUGUGGACAUACACGCUGCCGAUGAUGGCUUUGGGUAACCAAGGUCUUCUGCACGCCAUGCUGGCUAUCGGUAGCCUGCACAUUGCGCGCUUGCAGGGCGCUUCUAUCACACCGUCCAUCAAGCAUUACGCGUAUGCUCUGAAGCGCAUUCACCAUAGCGUUGGGCACCCAAAGAAACGAUUACAGGUUACUACAUUUGCAGCAUCUCUGCUUUUGGGAUUCUACGAGCUGAUGACUGCGGAUCACCUGAAAUGGAGCAGUCAUCUCGUUGGAGCAAAGCAACUUUUGGUUGAGAUUGACUAUCGAGGCAUGACUCAGCUUGCCAAAGUCAUGAAAGCCGAGCAAACCGACUAUGAUAGAAAGGUCGAGUUCAGUGCAUACUCGCUUCCACAGAAGCCCCGUCCGCAUGCUGCAAUUUUCCGGAGUGAUAUGCCUCUACCCAACGAAGAGAUUCUUAGUACUAUUAUUGGGAAGAAGCUGCGAUAUGAUGAGCUAGGGCGCGUUAUCGAAGACUUUGAGACGAUGGAUACGAAGUCUAUACCUAGAGCCUUGGAUAUGACUAAGUUCGAGCUAUUUCAGGAUCUGUUCUGGUGGUACUGCCGACAGGACGCUUAUCAAAGCAUUAUCAGUGGAAACAAACUUCUGCUGGAUUACAGCCGAUGGGGCGAUUGUCCACCUCGAGCUCCCAUCGGCAAAUCUGAGGCUGCCUACGCUACACAUGACCAUUUCAUACUCAUGCUCGGUAGGAUCGCGGACUUUGCUGCGAGAGAUCGUGAUAGGAAGAUACAAGCCAUAGAAGCUCAAGGAGGUGCCUGGAAACCAGAUCCACGCAUGUUCGCUGCGCUUAUGGGCCGACCGGCCGGUGGACUUUCUCCGGGCAUGGCCCGCCCUGGCUCCGGAAUGCCUCAUAUUCCGGGUGCUAUGGGACAAACUCCGUACUCUGGCAAUGUCAAUGCUCCGCAAAGUGGGUAUCCUUUUGGAACCCAGAUUGCGAACUCCAUGGGAGUAUCUGGUGCAUCUACUGCUGCAGUACCUCCCUUUGGUCUUCCGGGCCAAGAUCCUCAAGGAGGCUUCCCCACGGGACGACCUCCGACACAGCCUCAAGGACCCCCUGCUCUCCCAAAGAUCCCGUUCUUCGGUAUGGCUCCUUCGAGCUCACACAUACAUAUGCCAUCAUCUUACGCCAAGUACGGGAGGAAAGCGAAGGAGGCCGAACCUGAGGACAUCUUGGACCUCGAGGAAGCGCUCAGACUCGCCUUGGAAGAGUGGCAGCAGAUCAAUGCAGCGCUCAAUGUCUUUGCAUCAAACCUAGGACCUCAGUUCCAGCCCCUCUCAGCCGAGUAUCAUCAGCCAGUCGCGACGCCAUUCGGCGACGCAGCCCAAUAUCGCAGCUACGACAUCUGCAACAUCUGGGCUCUGUACAACAUGGCACGAAUCAUUACGAUCCGCUCCCACCCGUGUAUGCCUCCCGCAGCCAUGAUGGCCGCCGGCGUCGCAGCAGCAAUGACCGCUCCUAUCGCCAACGAAAUCGGCCGCAUCACCGCUGGCAUCUCCAUGCCCGCAUCCCAUGUGCCGCUCAACCCUUCUCUUGGUGCCGCCCUUAUAUCCUCCACCAUGCCCCUCUUCUUCGCAGGAGUACAAUACACCAACGCCGAUCAACGGGCCUGGCUCAUUCCACGCAUCCUCGACAUCGAAACACGCACCGGCUUCGCAAGCGCCGGCUUGAUCGCCAAAGGGUGUGAGGUGGCGUGGCAGCGGGCCGGAGAAGCAGGACGUGGGCCGCCAUAUACGCCUUAUCAAAGGGAGCAUGCGAGCGAGGAGCGGGAUAUGAGGAAGAGCGGGCUUAUCAUUGGUGAAACGACGGAUGCGGCGGCGUCGGCGAUGGAGAGCGGGUAUGUGACGCUGAGAGACCAUUCUGAUGAGAAUGGGAAGAGGUUUGCGCAUACGAGGUAGAUGUGGCGGAUGAACUGGAUGAGGAAUGAUGGUGUUGUUAGCUGGUGUGUAAAUGAGUGAGUGGGAACGUGUGUAGAGGCACUUAGGGUUGCAGUGUGGGCCGUUUAGUAGAGCUACGAAGCUGAAACGUUGAUGUCUUAUCUGGCCGUUUACUCCACCUACGCGUUAAGUAAAUUGAGGCUCUUCGUCUUGUAUCGACGUGUGAGGCAUAUCUUCGAUAUUGCAACGGGUAAGUAUGAGUAUAUCCAACGUACCUCUAAACUAAUUAGGUCUACAACUCUGUUGGACCUGAACAGAAUACAUCGAGCUACGACGCAGAA